GUGUUGCUUUUGUAAAGGGUGGAUAAAAAUAUAAUGCAAAAUUUGAAAACUGUGGAGCAAAUUUUGUCUGGAUUUGUAAAUUGCAAUCAAAUGUUGGAAAAGAAGAGGAAGAAACGCAAUUUCAUUUGUCUCUCCUAUGGACUCGAGUCAGAUGACAGCGACAACGAUGAUGCAGAUGAGGACGAUAGCAUUUCGAGUUUGAGUGAGGAUGAGAGUGAUGAGGUGACAGAGGAUGAUUACCUAUCUGAUCACGACGAAGAUGAAGACGAAGAAGACGGCGAUGAUGAGUCUCUCUGCAGCAGAGUCAUUUUCCUUCUUCAAGAAUCAAAGAUGGAAACGGUGAAGCACUCUAUCAAAAAUAAUCUUUUAGCAUCAAUUGUACUGAUCUUUUUGAGCAGUUUUGAUAAAGUGACAAGGCAUGGGAGACUUCUAGGAGAGAGAACUAUUGCUGGAAGGGUUGUCAAUGAAAGCUAUGGUGUUGCCAAACAACAACAUACUUUUACCAUCGAAAUAUUGUGGAGCAAGGGGAUUAACAGGUUGCCUACACUUUUUCCUUUGCUUGUGAAGGGUCGUAACCUUUAUAAAUUGAAAACUUUUAGACAGCUUUGGAAUAAUGAAGAAGAAAGAGAACGAGUGCUUGCUGAGAAACACAAACGAGGUGCAGUAGCAAGAUUUGUAAGAGCAACGAGGAAAACAAAGAAGCCAUGGACCACAAAUACAUGUGCAAGACGUCAAAAGCAUUCCCAUCAAACAAGGUUAUCCCAGAUGAGUAAGACAACAAAACCAGCAAAGAGCAGGUAUUUCGAUGGACCCAGAAAAGCUAUGCCUCUGCAACAUGCAAAAUUUCGUAACUAUUUUAAAGAUGCUCCACCAAGGAAUCCAAAGUUCAAGAAAAAUUUAAGGUCAGGAGGGUCUCAGUUAUCUCAGAGACGUUGGAACUUUCAUAGAAGGAAUUACUGUGAAGAUCCAACCCUUCGGUCAUUCACACCUUCCCAGGGUUCUCAUAUGUCUCAAAUAGCAGCAUUCCAAUUUUGUGGUCAUGAUAAGGGCUACACUUCAACCAGGACAAGAGUUCCACAUUUCAAGCCUUUCUCUCACAUGUCCUUGAUGACUUCAAGAAAUCAGGGGUACAACAAUACUAAUAACACCCACCAUUCUUUCUUAAAUCCUAGCCACAACUUUGAACCGGGGGACUUGAACUGCUUCCCAGCGUUGAGGACUGUUAAUAUGCAUUCACAUCAAAAUCCUUCCAGAACCGAGGCAUGUGGACAGAGAAAGAAUGGUUUUCAAUCUGUUCUCCGGUAGGAUGUGUUUCUGGGUAUCUAAACAAAGUAUUGAAUCUUCAGUUGAAUGCACCCAACAGGCAGGUAAGUCAGGGUUCCUGCACUUUUCAUAAUAUAUUGGUGCACGUUUUUUGCAUGCAAGAUUCCAGGUGGUUGCUCUCUUUAACCUGCCAAACUUAAAAUUCUUGUACAUUUGGAGAUGUGUACGAGGAAUGUGUUUCAUACGGCAGCUGGCUUAAAACAAAUAACUCUACCUGCCGUUUAUGUUGAUACUACUUCGAAUUUGACCUCAAAUGGUAUUAUCCCAUUGGAUUUCUACCAUUGGUCUGCAUUUUAUAAAACGUCUGCAUUAACUUCCA